AUGGCUACAUGUGAUGACUAUGGAGGUGGAUAUGACUUUAAGUUUGCUGAUGGUGAUCCUCCAGAUGAGUAUCAAUGCCACAUCUGUACACUGGUAGCACGGGAUCCUCAACAAGUUAGCUGCUGCUCCAAUAUAUACUGUGAGAGCUGUCUGGAUACACUAAAAGAGAAGGGCCAAGGGUUUAUCUGCCCAACUUGUCGUAGCUCACUAGAAGGAAAGUACUUUAAAGAUGGAAGAGCAGAAAGAGGAAUAAAGUCACUUAAGGUUUAUUGCACUAACACUGAUAGUGGGUGCCAAUGGAUGGGGACUAUUAAGGAUAUUGAUACCCACCUUAAUAACAGCUGUACCUAUCAACUGGUGCCUUGUACUAAUGGAUGUGGAGAGAAGAUUAGGAGAAGUACACUGAAGAAACAUCUGACAGACAACUGUCCUGAGCGAAUAGUUAACUGUCAGUAUUGCAACCGAAAAGGUCGAUACCGACUGAUAACAAGCAGCUGUCAUUUUGAUGAUUGUCCUGACCUCUUAAUCCACUGCAGUAAUGAAGGUUGCAAUGAGAAGAUACCACAACGUUCACUAGCAUCACACAAUGAGACCUGCCCUAAAGCUAUCAUAUCAUGUGAAUACAAUACUGUUGGAUGUACUGAGGUAAUGAGGAGAGAAGAACAAGAGAAGCACAAUGAAGAAUCAGCAAUACUACACCUACAACUGACAAAGGAGCAACUAGAAGUAACAAACGAUCAACUGGAAUUGACAAUUGAACAGCUACAGGUAACAAGUGAACACCUACAACUGACUGACCAACAAUUGAAAGUGGCUAUAAAGACAAUACAAUCUCUAAAAGCAAAAGUACAAGAGCACAAAAAUCUAUUGACGACAUCAAGUGAAGUGCUUAAACUCAGCCAAUUUUCACAAAGGAAAGAAGGAUGGUGUAGUCGAGGCUUCUACACAUCACCAGGAGGAUAUAAGGUGGCACUACAUGUCUAUCCUAAUGGAUAUGGUGAUGGUAAAGGUACACACGUUUCUUGCUUCAUAUAUCUUGAGGCAGGAGAAUAUGAUGAUUUGUUGGAGUGGCCAUUUCAAGGAGAAGUUACUAUAGAACUACUGAAUCAACUAGAGGAUAAGAAUCACGUAAAGGUAGCUUUUCAUUUUAAUAAAGCAACACCAUAUAAAUGUAAGCAAAGAGUGAGCCAAGGACAAGAAGGCCAAGAAUGGGGUAUUCACAAAUUCUUAUCACACACUUAUAGACUACCUAAUAACUGUCGAUUUCUAAAAGAUGAUAGUCUGUACUUCAGAGUCAGUGUAAAGGUUACAUCAAAGACAAAACCAUGGCUAGCAUUAACAUAAACUAACAAUAGUAUUUUUAAUUUUAAUUAAAUAUAAUUAAGUUA